AUGGUGAAACGGAAACACAGUGCAGAGGAAGAAGUCGGUGGCAUCAAGAGAUUUAAGCAAACGACUCUUGCGGACCCACCAGCUUUGGCCACUUCGGACAAUUGGACACAGGGAAUUUCGCUGCUGACCUACAAAGAUCCUGAGGCAAAGACCUCCUCUAAAGUCCUAGCUUUGGAUUUAGACGGUACCAUUAUUACACCAGCAUCUGGUCGAGUUUUUCCAGUGGAUGGCAAUGAUUGGAAGUUCAUUUCACCACGCAUCCCUGAUAUCCUAAAGUCCUAUGUGGACGACGGCUAUGCAAUUGUCAUCAUGUCCAAUCAGGGUGGUUUGGAAAAAAUGCAGGAAAAGAAGAUUCCCGAAUUCAAAGCUAAAAUUGAGGCAGUGUUUAAGAAAAUUGGUGUUCCUAUGCGGGCCUAUUUCGCCGUUUCAACUGAUUUCAACAGAAAGCCACGAAUAGGCAUGUGGCAAGCUCUGGAAGCAGAUAACGAUGGCAUAGAAAUUGAUAGGAAGGCCUCUAUCUUCUGUGGAGAUGCUGCAGGACGAGUAGCCAAGGGCAAGGCUAAGCAGGAUCACUCGCACUGUGAUCGCCUGUUCGCUGCGAACCUAGGAGUGCCUUUUAAAACGCCAGAGGAGUUGUGGGGAGAAGGUGAGAGGGUUGAUUCCACCUAUCCUCUCCUAUUCGAUCCAAAACAGUUUCAAGAUUCUGCCUUUUCAAAAUCGUCACCUGUGCCUCCUCCUUUGAAGGAUUUUCCAGCAAAAGGCACUGUGCUUAUUCUCAUGGUUGGAUACCCCGCUUCUGGCAAAUCGACCUUCUGCAACAGCCACUUGAGUCAGAUGGGCUACGUACUCAUAAGUAGGGACGUGCUCAAAGAUAUGAAGAAGUGCAUAGCAAGAUGUAAGCAGUUGCUGAAGGCCGGCUCUUCUGUUGUUGUUGACAAUACUAACAUGACUACAGCUUCAAGGCAGCCCUUCCUCGAAGCCUCGAAAUCUCUUGGGGUGCCAGCUUACGCCUGUGUCAUGCAGACGAGUUUGGAUCAUUGCAGACACAAUGAAAUGGCGAAUAAAACAUUGGCUUACCAUUCUCCACGUUGGUUGUGGAUAAAAGUUGGUGACCCCUUCUUCUCCCUUCAGUUUCGACAGCUCACAUCCAAGAAUCACAGCAAAAUCAGUACUCUUGUCUUCAAUCAAAUGAAGAAACAUUACGAAAAACCGACAAAGAAUGAGGGUUUCGCGGAGAUUUUUGAUAUUCCUUUUGUUCCAGACCUCUCAUCUGAUGCUCAGCACACUCUGUACUUUCAGUACCUCUUGGAGAAAUGA